UUAUUUUCUUUUAGCCACAGAUGGUUUCAGAGGCUGAGAGGCUGAAGUAGAGACACGCAGAACGACAGUCGGGGAUGACGCCGCAGCUUUUGGGAAAGAGUUGCAUUUAUUGCAUGCAUAGCCUGGCCACGAGACAUAAGCUCUCACGAUGUUAAUGCACAUAGUUAUGUUUGCCGUUUUGGUUCUGAGCAUCAGACCUGCAGACGGUUUCCCAAAUUACAAAGAUGACUACAUGGACGAGGAUCUGGCCACCUUUGACUAUUACAAAGACACGGGUGAGUUUGACGAGGGGAACAGGACGCAGCAUUGUGAGGAGUGUGUGCCGGAGCUGUGCCCGCUGCCGCUGGGCUGUAGAGCGGGGCUGGUGCGGGACAGCUGCGGCUGCUGCUCUCAGUGCGCCAACCUGGAGGGACAGACCUGUGACCUCGGCCAGAGAAACAUCUAUUAUGGACUGUGCGGAGAGAACCUGGAGUGCAAACUGGACCGAUCGGAUGGAGCAGACGCAGAGGAGGCAGAAGCUCAGUGUGUGUGUUUGUUCCAGAAACCUCUGUGUGGCUCAGACGGACAGACUUACAUGAAUAUCUGCAAAUAUAAAGAAGCGGCUUAUUCUAAUCCUGGACUCAAUGUGAGCGACGGGCCGUGCAGGACAGUCCCCAUCAUCAAGGUGCCGCCGCAUAAUCUGGUAAAUGUAACGGGCAGCAGUAUAGCAUUUCUCUGUGAAGUGUUUGCAUUUCCCAUGGCGCUAGUAGAAUGGAGGAAAGAUGGAAAAGAGGUCAUUUUACCUGGUGAUGAUCCCCACAUAUCUGUUCAGUCACGAGGUGGCCCUCAGAAAUAUGAACUUUCCAGUUGGCUGCAGAUCGAAGAGGCCAGUCAGAUGGAUUCUGGCACAUACAGGUGCAUCGCUCGAAAUGAGCUUGGCCUCGUCUCAGCCACAGCAAUUUUAGGAGUCCUGCCACCAGAUGAGAUGUCUACCUAUCUGGAACAAAACUUGAAUGAAAUGAUGAGCUAUGACCGAUUGCAGGACUAUGACAGGGAUUAUUACUAAACUUCAGAUCCCACAGAAGAAAAACAAUGUCUUUUUACUUUUAGCCAUUCGAUUUGAGACAUGGCAAGAAGACACUCAAGCAAUGACUGAAAAAAAGUAAGCCUGUAAAAAAAAACAUCGCCCUCCAGAGCUUUUUCUACAUCUGGUUAAUCAAACAUGGAGACGUUGAGGAAGAAUCUUAAAUAAAUUCCCAGUGGCACAGGCCUCUAAAAUGGAUGAAAAACACACAAUGAGAGAAUGGGAGUAGUUUGGAAGCUGCUAGAAGCUCUGAAAUUCAGUACAGAGAGUAGCUACUGGAGCUGAAUGUCUCUUUUGUUUCACAUGACAAAACAUGAAGAACUGUGAAAUUUGAAUGUGAGCUGCACGAUCAUGAAAAAUACAUUUUUUUUGAUAAUUUCAUAUUAUAAUUGCAGUUCUAAACCUUACUUUUUAUGUGUUAUAAAUAUAACAUUUUGAAUAUACUGAAAUGGAAUGCUAUAACUGACCAUUUCACAAAUAGUUAAUUGCAGAAGCUGUAAUUGUAUUUAUAAAAAAGUAUAACAUUUAUACAAAAGCUCAAUAAAGAAUUCAAAUUGAGUAACUUAUACAUUAGGUACACAACAGUAUUAGUUACAUUGUCCAUCUAAAAAAGUAAAAUAAAUAAAUAAAAUAGUUCCAAACAAC